CAUGUCAACUCUGGCGUUGCCUGGGAACCAAGCUAACGUUAGAAAGACGGCGUUAGCUCCUUUUGCUAACUCGAAAGCUCGUUUAAAAAGGUAAAAUAAAUCAAAAACAUCUGAAAGUAGUGACAGUGGACGGCGGGUUCUCACCCUGUCCCCGCGAGUUCACACGGACUCAGCGUCCUGGUGCAUUUACAGCUCGUCUGUGGACUGAAGGUGACUUAAAGUGAGAAAGCUAACAAGCUAGCGUUAGCCUAGCGUUAGCCUAGCGUUAGCCGGACAGUUAGCUGUAGCUGCCAUGUCGGAGCGAGGAGAACAUGAAGAGCAGGAGGUGAUCGAAGAUGAAGAGGAGGAAGACGCGGAGACAAACCUACAACCAGGUGGAGAUACUGCACAGCAGCCGCCAGAGGACGACAGAGAGCCGGGGGGUGGUGGAGAGGAGGCUCCAGGUGAGUCCAGUGUGUCUACAGAUGUGCUGGAGGCUGCAGAAGAAGCUGGAACUCAUCUGCAGGAGGACAGUGUUGGAAUCUCAACAGAUGUGCAGGAGGGACAAGCUGAAACUCGACACGAUGAUGCCGAGCAGCUCCAAGAGCCUCAGAGAAGAGACCAUGUUGGAAACUCUACGGCAACAGUGAAGGUGGUGCUGGUGCCGGAGGGUCACGUGAUGACCGUAGCCUUCGCCAUCGGCCUCAGCAUUCAGGAGCUGAAGCUUCAUCUCGCCGCGGAGCUCAGAGUUCCUGCUGAGGUGCUGCAGAUCUCUCUGGACGGCAGACUGGUGGAAGAGCAGCAGAGCCUCAUGCAGCUCGGGGUGCGGCCUAACGGCUCCACCCGCAUGGAGAUGAGCUCCACCGACCCAACCGCCCACCCGCUCCGCCCGCUUCGCCCCCCAGAGCACGACAACAUGCCGGACGUCAUCACCGUCCGAGUCCAAACAGAGGAGGACAUGUUCCAGGAGGUGGUGGUGGAGAUUGAGCGUCCGCCCCAGCAGAAGGUGUUCCUGGGCGGCUAUAAACACCGGCUGACGGGGGCGCAGUACCACCACGCCACCGUCCAGACGCUGCCCAAGAGCAGCCCUGACAGAGGAGUGGCGGUCUUCAGCCGCAACACGCAGACAGUCGAGCUGAAGUCUCAGGCGCAGCAGUGUCCGCUCAGCGUCUCCACCCAGAUGAGCGGGAUCGGCUGCUACGUCUCCUGUAUGGACGACAAGCUGGUCGCCCCUGGCAACUACAUCACAGCUGCCGAGUAUCAUAACGAAAGGCUGAGAGCUGUGAUCCGCCUGCAGUCGUUUGCUCGCCGCUGGCUGGCCCGGCAGGAGGUGGAGCGUAUGAGGAGCAACCGGGACCGGCGGCUGGUCUGGCUGGAGCUGCAGGAGAGGAAGAGGACGGAGGAGAAGGAGGAGCAGCUCAGAGACCGCCGCCACCGCUGGAUGAAGCCGCAGAGGGGGGAGGACUUCCACCUGCUGUACCACGCUCUAGAGAAGUGGAGGUGUGAGGAGGAGCAGCGCAUCAACUCGUCCCUUAGAGGAGCUGAGAGGAAGGCAGCUCUCUGCUCGCUGCUGGAGCAGGAGACACAGCUCAUCGCCGCCAUCGGACGCCAUCGCAUCGCCGUCCAGAACAACAACUAUGACACAAUAGUCAGAAACUUCCUGGACAAGUCUGCAGCUCCUCAUCAGUGGCGUGCAGCAGAUGGUAAAAUGAUAGAGAUGGAAGGUCAACACACCAGCAGAGCCAGAGAGCUGCGAGAUCUGUACAACAACAUCAGCCUGUCCACUGUCAGCCAGGAGCAGAGACUCCACUUCCUCCUCACACUCAAACACACUGUCAAGGAGCACGAGUGCCAGCUGACCCGGGACGUGGUGGAUUUGAUUGACCGGGAGGUGGACCUGAUGACUCGGGGGGUUAAGGCAGGCAGUUUGGAGGGGCUAAGGAAGAGGAUCUCCACUCUGUUCCUCCAGUACAUCAAAACACCAGCGUUUAACCCCGAGGUGGCCAAACUGCUGAAGGUUCCCCAGAAUCCCUCUCAGCUGAAGAACGACGUGUUCCUCUGCCGCGGCUGUCAUCGCUACCUUCACUCCUCUGACUUCAACCCGUCCGCCAGCGUCCGUCGGAGUGGGCGGUGCCGAGACUGCACUGGACUCAACAACAUAGCUAGAUCCCGCGAUGACUCCUCCUGCUACAAGAACAUCCUGAGGAGGCUGAGAGCUGACGAGCUGCGGCUCAACGAGGAAGCCAAGAUCCCCUUCCUGCUGCAGGUGGAGGACGUGCGCUACCUGGUGGAGGAGGUCUGGGCAUCCAGCUCUGAUCUCCACGCCAGCAGCCUCAACAACCUGAUGUUUGUCCGCUGGGAGCGUCGGAGGGACUGGAGCCCGUGGAACUGCAUCCUGCUGUCCAAGGAACAGACUUCAGCUCACUUGGAAGUGGAAGACGUCCACAAGGGGUACGAGGCGAAGUUCCUCCGCAGGAUCGAACACAAACACAUGCUGGCUCGCCGUCACUUCAGCCAGAUCACCGUCAUGUCCGAGUACCUGGAGGCUUGGCCGUCCGCUACCCUGGGCAACCAGCUUGUCACCAAACCCAUGACAGGCUGCUGUGCCUCAGCCUGCAGCUCCCAGCAGGAGUAAACGGGACCUGUUGGUGUGAAGCCACGUGCAUCAGCCCGACCUCAUCUUCUCCGAGUACCUCAACCAGUGAGUGGUGCGCCACGAGGAAGCCACUGGAAAGGGAACUUGAAGAGAAAAUAAAGCGAAUAAUUAAACAGAAAAUCCUGUGAAGGCAUUUUUGCAAUUUAAAAUCCCCCUGUGAAGAAUGUUUGCUUAAUUUAGUCUGGACAGCAGAACAUCACAGAACAACGGAUUCAAAGCUUCUGUGUGCAUUUAAAAAAUGCAAUUAAAUGAAAUCCAGCUCAUGUUCUGUCCUCCUACACGUCUUUACAUUCAGGAUUUACACAAACUGCACCUGCAUUCACUUUUAGUGCCCUCCUACACAGAUAUCCUGCAAUAAAAUAGACUUAUUUUGUAAAACAAUAAUACAACUUACAUUUCUUCUUUUUGGCAAUAAGCAAAAAAACAUUUUCUUAUCAGAAAUGAAUCUGAAUUUUAAUAUUAGUCAAGCUUUGAAGAUUGGAAGCUCAUUUCUGUUAGUAAAAUAAGAAGAACAGAUCCUGUAAGUCAUUAUAAUGAGAAACGUUCUCAUUAUAAUGAGUAUCUCAAAGUAGUGACAAAAGUUCUCAAAUUAAUGACUUAAAAUCUUAAAAUAAUGAGAUUAUAUCUCAAAAUGAUGAAUGAAAAUAAUUACUUCCAUGUUACAUACAUUAAAUCUGGUACAGGUCAUUAUAUUGAAGGAUGGGCUUCUAUAUUAAAGAACAAACUGUAGACCUUGUGAGAUUAAAAUAACUCUGGAUGUGGAUAACUUUGAUGAUUGUUUGAUAUAAUCUCAGAACUCUGAUCCAUUUCAUUUCAACACCAGCUGAGACAUGAGCGUCAAUGCUAAUGUUAGCAUUAGCAGUGUGAUGGUGUCAGACAGGUUAAUUGUGAGCGCCGCUGAUACUCUGUCUGUGUGCACUGAACACACACACACACAGACACACACACACACACACACACACACACAGACACACACACACACACACACACACACACACACACACACACACACACACACACAGCUUCAGGUUCCUGUGGCGAUGUGGAGGAGAGCAGUCUGAGAAAGAGACAGCAGCAAGAAAAGUCAUAGCAGAAGAGUACAAGUCGCUGAAACCAUGAGGUUCAUUCAUUCCUUUAGUUAUAUGUUUAAUUAUUAUUAGUUCAUUCGUAUGUUCCUUCAUUCAUACUGUCAAUCAGUUACACGUUCAUUCAUUAAUUUUACUCAUCCACUCAUUUAUUAACUUACACUGUAUGUGUAAAAUAAAACCUUUACAAGAGGAUAGAAUGAAACCAAAUGAAGUCUUUAACUGACAACCUUUAAACAUGUUAGAUGUUAUGUUGAUUUAGUUAAAGACAAAUGUCUUUUCAAACUGAGCUGUUAUGUUUGUUCCUUCAGUUUGUUUCUAUUUUUUGGGAUUUACUAAAGCUUUUGGAAAACUUGAAGUCUUUCUAACUGUUAAUAAAGUUUGAUUGAAAAUGAA